UGUCCACUCGACGUGUGUCAACUGUCGUUUUUGUUUGUUUGGGUUGUGAUGCUGCACACUUUUGCAAACUUUUGUCGUCGGACGCUGUAGCAAGUUUGCGCCCCCCCCCACGAAUACGUCGAAAUACGUAUGUUCUUGCACUCUGAUUGGGUUAGCUCGCCCGGCUAAUUAGUGCUAGCCUCCCGGCACAUUAUUUGAGCGGUGUGCCGUUCGUUCCGAGCGUCGUCCAACUGCUCCACUUCAGUUGCCUCUCGGUCGUUGCGUUCCAAUGAGCUGCACACGCAGCCACUUGCAGCGGGUUAGCCUGCUCGGCUAACAGUGCUAGCAUGUCCCGUUCAUUCAAAUGUCGCCUGCAAACGUCCAACUUGUCCCCUUGAUCAUGUGGGGCCAGAGGAAAUUCAAGUCAAAGCUCCAAAGUGUCCGCUAUGAAGAAGAGAACUUUGUCUCCUCAGCUUGUAAAAAGCAGCGCUCCCCAGACGUGCGGAAUCUUUCACCCCGUCUCAGGUCAAAGAUGAACAUUCCCGUUCUGAAAUGUGAUGACAGGAUGCUGAACCGGAGGAACCCUGAGCUCCACGAGGAGCUGCAGAUCCAGGCGGCGGUGGCGGCGGGCAACGUGUGCGUGGUGCGCAGCAUGCUGCAGCGCGGCUACUCGCCCAAGAUCCGCGACGCCAACGGAUGGACGCUGCUGCACUUCUCCGCCGCCAAGGGCAAGGAGCGAUGUGUGCGCGUCUUCCUUGAGCACGGAGCGGACCCUACGGUGAAGGACUUCAUUGGGGGUUUUACGGCGCUGCACUACGCCGCCAUGCACGGGCGCGCUCGCAUCGCCCGCCUGAUGCUGGAGUCAGACUUUUGCGGCGACAUCAUCAACGCCAAGAGCUUCGACGGCUGGACGCCAUUACACGUGGCGGCCCACUACGGCCGCGAUUCCUUUGUGAGCCUUCUCCUGGAGUUCCGUGCGCAAGUGGACCCGCUGAGCGACAAGGGCACCACGCCGCUGCAGCUGGCCGUCAUCCGCGAGCGCUCCAGAUGCGUUAGCAUCCUGCUGGACCACGGCGCCAACAUUAACAUUCAGAACGGCUUCCUGUUGCGUUACGCCGUGAGUAAGGGCAACCACUUGUACUGCAGCACGUUCCUCAAACGCGGCGCCGAUACCAACCUGGGCCGGCUGGAGGACGGGCAAACGCCGCUGCAUCUGUCGGCGCUGCACGACGACGUGAAGUGCGCUCAGAUGCUGUACGCUUACGGCGCCGACACCAACGCCAGGAACUACGAAGGACAGACGCCCGCUGCCGUUUCCGUCAGCAUGUCCAGACACAGCAGACCGUGUCUAGACUUCCUGCAGGACGUCACCAGACGUCCUCGGAGCCUUCAGGACGUGUGUCGCAUCAAGAUCCGCCGCUGCAUCGGCCUGCAGCGGCUGCGUCUCUUGGAGGAGCUCCCCGUCGCCAAGGUCAUGAAGGACUAUCUCAAACACAAGUACUAACACCGCCCGCCGCUGCGCCGCACACGCCGGGACCAAGUACGAAGAACACGAAGAAGAAAAGACCUAUGCAAUGACGCCGCUGGCCUCGCGGAAGCUUCCGAAAGGUUGUCCCGCUCGGUCGCCGCUUGUUGUCCGCUGUGCUGUCACAAUGUAAAUAGGUCACAGAUAUUUUUCUACAUUUAUUUAAAUGCCUCUCAUAUAACUGUGUGUGUGUG